AUGGGCAUUCUCUCGAAUCUAUUAACACAAUACGCUGGCGGAGAUGACAAGGCAGAAGACAAGAAUAUGAGCACAUCGGUGCCACAGUCACAACCGCAACCUUUUCCACCAGCCAUCAGCCAACGCCCGAGCCAAAGUCCGAAACAGAACGGCCUCCUCUCAGUUGACGAUGAACUCCGGGAAAAGAUGCGUACCAACCCGCGGGCGCGCGCAGUCAGACAGUUGUCACUUUUCUUCGCCGGCGCCACCUUCUUUGGACUGAGUCUUUUCAUCACGCGCAGAACUGUCGCCCGGAAAUUGCUCGCCGACGCUCCCAAGCAAUUCACUCCUUCCAACUUUCAGCCCAAGAAUGUAAACGGUGGCGUUGAAGCUGCUCAGGCUUUUGCUCUAGCCACUGCAAAUGUCACCAGCGCAGCUAUGAUGGGUACUGGCUUCAUGAUGUACGCUCUGGACGUUACCGACACCGACGACAUGCGCACCAAGUUCAGAAAAGCCUGGGGCUUUGAACGAACCGCUUUGGGAGAGUCUGAACAAGAUGAAGAGAUGGAGAAAAUGGUCAAGGAAUUCCUAGAGAAGAAAGAAGGCGGUGACAACAAGGGCAUGGCUGAAGGUCUUGCUAGUCUUGUGGCUGCCAUGGCAGCAAAGGAGGAAGAGAGACUCGCCAAACUUCAGAAGCCCAAGGAAGGUCUGGAGAAUUGA